UCUGGCUCCGCAAGAAGAAGCCGUAUUAUAUGGUCCCCAUACAUCACAAUGUACUAAUUCAAAAAUACGUGUAGUCUUGCCUACACUAGUAGGAAACGUAUCUCUUGCAUGUUUUGCUCUUAAACAAAUUUCACAAGGAUUAGAAAUACUACUUUGAAUGCCACUCACAGGAUCCAGCCAUUUCAUCAAUGGAUGUCCCAACCGUUGAUGCCAGGUAUUCACACUCUCAUUCUUCUUGCUCACUCCGACAACAUGGAUCCGAGAGAGAUCUUCAAAGUAAUAAAGUCCAUUCCUCCGCUUACACGCUCCAAACAGCCUCCUCGAGUGUCGGUACUUACAUAGCACAAAUGUUAGAACUAAAUUGAACAAAACAGUCAACAUCCUCAGUAAGUUGAGAUACAGAAAUAAGACUGCAAUUUAAUUUAGGGACAAAUAGCAUGUUAGUCAAACAUAUCGUUUCCAUUAAUUGUACGGAUCCUUCUUUCGUUGCUAGAACUUUUUGCCAUCUGGGAGCCCCACCGAACAGGCGUCAAUUUCUUUUAUAUCACAUAAAAAGGCUAAGUUUCCUGUUACGUGAUGUGAUUACCAGACUUACCAGACAUUCGGUCAUCAGUCGGUAUACCAAACGCUGCCAUAAGGGCUUUCCACUGAUCAGAAGAAAAACCCAGAAGACUUUGGACAUCAGCCCGUUCAAUUAAUCCAGACCCUUCAUCCGCAUCCUCCAUGCGAACAGAAGACGAGGAAGACCCCCCAUCUACCGCAGCUGCGUGUGCGCGAAUUCCUCCAUGACCACGACCGCUGUGUCCGCCAUGCCCGCCGUGUCCAGCACCAGCACCAGCAAUUCCUCGUCCUCGUCCGCUUCCCUUAAUCUCCAGUCGAGGUCGGUCACCCCACCACUCUGGGUACCCUACAAUUCCGAAGCAAUUGGAGAUGUCGUGACCUGUAUUUUUGCAAUAGCCACAAACAAGUCCAGCCUUGUUCGAUUUCCCAUUCCUUGCUUUGCCACGCCCAUCGGCACGGACAGUAAAACAUACCAGAUCCAUUUUAUCCUCGCGAUUCUGCCCCAUUCCUCAAACUCUCUCUUCCUGAGAAAUUUGCUGAUAUGCGCGGUUCAGGGAUGGAAGAGGAGUCUGUGUCAACAGCUGGGAACGGACGGGUCCAAAGUGUUCAACGUACAUGCCCAUCAGAAAUUGGUGGAGGUGCUUAAAUUCUCGCCGCUUCUCCAGCUGCCCGUUCAAGUCACAGGUGCAUUUGUCGCAUUUACAGGUAAUAGGAGGUUCGAAAUUAUUCAAUUCAUCCCAAAGGGUUUUCAAUUUUCCAUAGUACACCCCCACAGUCGUCCCCUUUGAUUGCUCACAGCGAGCCAGGUCUGUUUUGACCUGGUGUACGCGUGGGCCGUCCACCAAUGAAAAUCGUUCUUUGAGAUCUGUCCACAGUUGAUAGGCGUUUUCAUAGCUGGACAGAGUGCAUUUUAAAUCAGCAGACACUGUGUUCAGAAUCCAUGAAAUUAGCAUCGAAUGUAUUGUUGUCCAAUCAUCGCUGGUGCAGGGAGGUUUCGGUUCAAGAAUGCUUCCGUCCAGAAAUACAAAUUUCCGCCUUACCCGGAGUGCUAGACGGAUUGAUUUGGACCACUCAUCGUAGUUCUCACCGGUCAACCUCACUGGUGUGAUGAAGUCUCCUGGCCGGUCCUGCAGGCCCAAGAAAAAUGGUGGUGUGUGGUCUAUCUUCCAUGUCGCAUUAGCCACGCCGUUGUCUACUGCCAUGGCUAAGUCUGCCGCCUACAGUCAACUGCCCGGAGGCUCUGAUACCAUGUAGGAAUGGCUAGAUUCAAAGUAUAUUAUACUCCAUCCAUCCGUCCCAUAAAAUAAGUCUCAUUUCAAUUUGGAUCGAAGUUUAAGAAAGUUGGAAUAAAGUGGAAAUGUAUGGUUGUGGUUGAGUAAGAAAAAGUUAAAUGAAUGUUAGCCACACAAAACUUUCCAAAAAGGGAAAUGGGAACAAUUUUUUGGGACGGCCAAAAAGGAAAAUGAGACUUAUUUUAUGGGACGGAGGGAGUAAUAUAAUGUAUCUUUGUAAUUCGUAUAUCUGAAAAUGAAUACAAAGACUACAUAUAUAGGUGUAGCAUAUGUUGCUAAACCAGCUAAUAAACUAAACCAGCUAAUAAACUAGGAAAGGAAAGAAAUAAAAUACAUUCCAAGAAUAAAUGAUUUGCCAAUAAUGGAUAGGCAUAAUUUAUGUUAUGAAAUAUAUUAUGUCCGUAAUAACUAAAGUGAGAAUUUCAUAAGAAGCCUCGACUAGAAGUUUUGUGUGACCUAAUCUUUUAUAAUGACAAGGUAUAUGAAAUAUUAAUAAUAUAUUAUAGAGUUUAUAUAUUAUGUGAUUAAAUAUGAGAAAUAACAUUAUACUAAUAUGGUGUGUUGUGUCAGUUUGAAUGGACAUGUAUUGUUCCAGUUGACCAUGAGCUUUAUUUGAUUGAAUGAUUCAAUAUUGAUGGUGCUAGAGUGGAAGUUGAAGAAAAUGAGAAACGAAAAGAAGGAAAUUGAGCUUCACAUGUAGAAAAAAGAACAAAAAACACCAAGGGUGCAAAGGGAAAACAAAUUGCAGUGAAGAGAAGGACAUUUAAGGAAAAUGCUGGCGAAGGCAGUUCAAAAGAAAAAAAGGUGUAAAGCAAAAACAAAGUGACAAUGAUAGUGAUUUUGAAGCAGAUGACAUGGAGGAUGAAAGUCAACAAAAUACAAGUAUUGUCUCACGUACAAGGUAAAGAGGCCAAAAGAUGAAAGCAAAGGGAAAACAAGCACAACAGUUUGCCAAAAAGAAGGCAAUUAUGAAACAAACCAAGAGAAGGCCUGUAAAUGCUGGAGAAGCAACUUCAAAAUGCAAGAGGAAGGGUGGAAAAGCAACAGAGAGCAAGGAUGAUAUGGAUUAUGAAGGAGAUAAAAGCGAGGAUGAAAGUGGAGGGUUGAUAAAUGCUGGUUCAUGUACCAAAGAAGCAAAAAUUAUAAUGAAGAAAAUCAGCAAGCAAACAACAAGAACUGCCAAAAUAAUGGCAGAUGUUAAAGAAAUGAAGCAAAGACAAGUUAAGAAAGAGGUGGUAUUAAACAAGAUUCUUCACUUUGUGAGAGAUUUGACAAGGCAUCAAAUGAAUAGGAAUGAAGAAGGAAUGUCAGGACAAGAAAAAACUGUAGAAGACGACAAUGAGGACAAAAAGGGAAAUGCUGAUGAGGAUAAUGAAAUGAAGAAAGGAGAUGAUGAUGAGGACGAUGACUUAAGUGGAGCAUGAAUGGAAGAGAAAAACCAUAAAGAAAACAACAUAAAUGGAGCAGCAAAUGAUGUUGAGCAGCCAGAAGGGGUUGUGGAGGAAGAAGAUAAUAGGAAAGGAGAUAAGAUCAUUACUGAAGAAGUAAAUGCAUCAGUGGACAGAAAUGGAAGACAUCAUGUUGAGAAGGAGAAGGUUAUUGGGAAGGAAGAUGAUAUUCCUAACUUUGAUAUAUUUUCAUUUCAAACUCAGCUAGAAGUUGAAGGAAAAACAAAAGAGAAAAGCAAAGAGGAAAGAGAAAAAAAUGAAAUGAACACAGAGAAGGGAAAAGCUGCAGAUAUGUGGGGAAUGAGUUCUCAAGAAGAUAGUCAAUUUGUGAAGGAAAUGUGUAAAAAUGUUGAAGAGGUUGAGAAAGUGGCAUUACAAAGUACAUAUUCAGAAAAACUAAUGCCAGAAGACACACAGUUUGAAAACGUGGCAUUACAGAGAAAGGCUUCAGAAAAAAGCAACCAAAGCAUUCCUGUAGCUAAUGUGGUGAGAGAGAAGAGAUGUCCAAGAUCACCAACGAGGUACACACCAUCAGAAAAUAUUGUUGAAGUGAAGAGGAGAAAGAAAGAACAAUGAAAAGGAAUCAUGGCACAUUUUUACCACCACCAGCAACCGUAUAUGGGCCAUUUUCUGAAGACCCAACUGAAGCGCCACCUGAGAAGGAAAUGAAGAGAAUUGGUGACUUUUCAAGUAUUGGUCUACUAAAGAAUAAAAAAGGUGGAUGAUAACAGAAAGUGCAGGAUGGGUGAGGAAAGGAUGCAUGGAAUUCCAAUGUUGCUGGACACGGUAAAAAUUGAGUCCAAGACAUGGCUAUACAAUCUUUACUUCAAAGAUCAGUGGCUGCAAGACAUGAUGCUGAAUUUGUGUACAUCCAAUUAAAUGUUGGUAAACAUUGGGUGUUACUAGUUUUGGACAUCAAGAAGAGAAAAGGUGAAAGUCUACAACUCCAGUUCCAGAAGGGUGGAUUCAUUGAAAGAGAUCAGAACGUUCAUACCUUGCAUCAAGUUUUUGCUUCCCAAAAUCAUGGACUGCCUCAAGUGUAUGAAGUUAAGGGGGAGGAGCCAAUGGGAGAGAGGCCACUAGAAAUUGAAGUUGAAGAGAACUGCCCACAACAAGAUAAUGCGUAAGUAAAUAACAAGUUGUCAACAAAGCUAAUGGUGAAUUUUAAAUGAAAAGGUAUAUGUACAUUAUUAAAGGUGUAAUUAAAGGUAAUGUAAUGAAUGUUUUCAUUUGAUUACAUGUUCGAUUGUGGAAUGUUUGUCCUAAAGAUUGCUGGAUUUCUUAUAAUGGAAGUCACUUUUGAGUGCAUCGAUCCAGAACUAAUGCCUAUGUAUAGGGAAAAAAAUGGAAACAGAGCUGGUUUUAUACAGUGAAAGGAGAUUGAAAGAAGCAAAAGGAAUGCACCUGCCUAAAUUUAUCAAGGAUUGAAGUGAAGUGUUGAUGAUAAAUGGAGUUUUAAUGCCAAUCAUGUCUUGAACACAUGGUUUUAAUAUGUAAUAAGUUUGUUUUACUUUAAGAUAAGUUCCAAAAACACCUGAAUUUGUGUGAACUUGGAAUGUGUGGUUUUGUUUUGCCAUGGAUACUGCUUAUAUGAUAUGACUGUGGUUUGUGGUUUUAA